GCGGCGUGCGGGUCUGUGCGGGGCGGCGCUGGUGAGGCAAGGCCGAGCCGGGCCCGCGGCGUGUGGGGUGGCGCAGUGCGGGGAAGGCCGGACCCGGCCGGCGGCGUGCGGGGCCGAUCGGGAGCGGACAGCCUCUGCGCCUAGCGGGUCCUGCGCCCGCACUCACCGGGGAUCGUGGAAGGCCUCAGCUGGUUGAAAGCACGGUCGCCGGGGGUGAGGGCGGGAGACGCUGCUGCAGGCGGACGCGGCUUUUGCGGACGUGGACGGUCCCUGCCUCCUGUGCGGCGGCGCCUCGCGCUGGGCCGAGCCCGGGUGGUUCGUCCUAACCGUUGCCUGGUGGACACCGGCAUCACAGCGCUUAAGAUGAAACCGAGGGCCUGCACGUGCUAGGCAAGUACUCCACCACGGAGCUACACCUCAAGUCCUCUUAUUAUUUAAUUUUGAGACGAGGUCUGGCUAAGUUGACCUGGCUGCCCUGAACUUGUGAUCCUUCUGCCUUAGCUUGCCCAGUAGCUGGAAUCAAAGGAGAGGGAGGACUUGAGUAUUGUGAAUAGUUCUGGUCUAGAGACCUUUUAGAGCCAAAAGGAAUACAGUCUUGAAUCUUUCUUAUGAAUGCUAUCUGCCUUGAGAAAUCAAAUUCUCAGGACCAGGAAGUAAAUGCAGCUUUUCUUCAUCUAGAUUCUAGGUUUAGAAAUACCAAGUAAGAAAUUCAUGUAUAUGAUUCUGGAAACUUGGAAAGGCAAAUUGCUCAUGACUGAAAGGCUUAACAUAGAUGAACCUUCCAAGUUCUUAAAAACAGAAUGACUAAGAAGACAAAGAUGGGUCAAGAAGACCAGUGGAAGACUCCCUAGGAGAGAGCCAUAGAAAAUGUACACUUCAGAAGAAAGAUGGGAUCAGAGAACUCAGAAAAGGAAAGUAUAUCAUGUAUACCCUCAAAAGGGUAAAAAGAUUUUUAUUCAUGUGCAUCAGAUUACUCCAGUAGAUAAUCAAAUAUACGAGUGCCUUGAACGUGAACGAGACUUCUGUGAAAACUUAGCUCUUAUUAUGUGUGAGAGAACCCACACUGGGGAGAAACCUUACAGAUGUGAUAUGUGUGAGAAAACCUUCAUCCAGAGCUCAGAUCUUAUUUCCCACCAGAGGAUCCACAAUUAUGAGAAACCUUAUAAAUGCAGCAAAUGUGAGAAGAGCUUUUGGCACCACUUGGCCCUUUCAGGACACCAGAGAACACAUGCAGGUAAAAAAUUCUAUACAUGUGACAUCUGUGGCAAGAAUUUUGGUCAGAGCUCUGAUCUGCUUGUUCACCAGCGAAGUCAUACAGGCGAGAAACCGUAUCUUUGUAGUGAGUGUGAUAAGUGCUUUAGUCGAAGUACCAACCUAAUAAGGCACCGAAGAACCCACACAGGUGAGAAGCCAUUUAAGUGUCUGGAGUGUGAAAAAGCCUUCAGUGGGAAAUCAGACCUUAUUAGCCACCAGAGAACACAUACUGGUGAAAGGCCCUACAAGUGUAACAAGUGUGAGAAGAGUUACCGACACCGUUCAGCCUUCAUUGUACAUAAAAGAGUUCACACUGGGGAGAAACCCUAUAAGUGUGGUGCCUGUGAGAAAUGCUUUGGCCAGAAAUCAGACCUUAUUGUGCAUCAGAGAGUCCACACAGGUGAGAAGCCCUAUAAAUGCUUGGAAUGCAUGAGGAGUUUUACUCGCAGUGCCAACCUCAUUAGACACCAGGCAACUCACACUCAUACUUUUAAAUGUCUUGAGUAUGAGAAAGGCUUCAGCUGUAGCUCAGACCUUAUUGUGCAUCAGAGAAUUCAUGUGGAAGAGAAACCACAUCAGUGGUCUACAUGUGAGAGUGGCUUCCUGUUAGGUAUGGACUUUGUUGCCCAACAGAAAAUGAGAACUCAGACGGAGGAGCUACAUUAUAAGUACAGUGUGUGUGAUAAAAGCUUUCACCAGAGCUCAGCCCUUCUCCAACAUCAUAUUGGUGAAAAACCAUAUAUCUGUAAUGUGGGUGACAAAGCUCUUGAGCUCAGCCCCGCUCAUGCAUCAGAAGCCUCACAAAUGUCCUGACCAGGGAAGAAGUUAUGAUACCAUGAAAAAUUUAAUUACAGAUCAGAGCUCAUUAGGAUGAAUCUAGGUGAAUCUCAGACUUGGCCCAGAGUGCAAACUUCAGUGGGGACCAGAGAGCCUGCAAUUGUAGGAAGCAUGAGGAAUACUUCACCCAGAAGAGCUGCCCUAACAGCCACUCCAGUGAGAAACUCCACAGGUGCCCUGAGUUUAGGAAAACCCUUAGUCUGAGCUUGAUCACCUACAGGGUUUGCACAGGUAGGAAACAUGCACUGCAUAUACAAGCUUUCUUGCAGUACCCAGCCCUCCUCAUUGUAAGGGAAUUCACACCAGAAAACAGCUUCUUAAUAAAUGCCUUCAGUGUCAGCAGAGCUUCAGACAGUAUGUACAUCUCGUUGGACACCAGAAAACCCACCUGGGGAGAAGCCCCAGCAAGUGUGGAAAGGCUUCUAACAGAACUCUGACUUUCUUACCCAUCAGAGAAGGCAUACUGGUGAAAAAUUAUAUAUUUGUCUUGAGUAUGGCAAAAAAAGAAAAUAGAAAAAAAAUCUGAGGAAAGAUAAGUGUCUGAAUGAGAAAAAGCUUGUCAGUGAUCAGCUCUUGUGGUAUAUCAAGGCGCUCACAUAAAUACCUUGAGUCUGGAAAAGCCUUGCUAGUAGCUCCUAUUUUAUUGGGCCCAAAGAACCCAUUUUGCAGAGAAGCUUGCCUCAUUGAGAGGUCUGAUUAUAAAUUGUGGGUGAGAAUCUGUGUAUAUAUAGUACAUGUAAGAACUGGUCUUAAAUUUAGUUGACCCAUGGGGUAGAACUUUAAGUGGAGUCAGUAAGGAAAUCAUUUUUUUAGAUACCCAGAAGCUUGUUCUGGGGAAAGCUGGGGCGGGUCAGAGUAGACCUGUUGGGUAACUCAGGAAAAGAUGCUUUUUCUUUUAUCUGAACCACUUAAUGAUUGCUUUAUUUUCACUUUUUAAAAUUCAGAAAUUCAAUAAAGGAAAGGACUGUAACCUUGUAAUAGAAGAUGUGGCAUGUGUUACUCUUGGGGGGAAGGAAAAUAUUGAUAUAUUUUUUUUUACUCCUUUUUUUUUCAUCGUUGGCUAGRAUGGGACUAGUGUUUUGAUAGUGACAUAGGAACCCUUAACUGGCUGUGAGAAGCUCCAAGAAGCUAGGAAGUAGUUAUCCUAAAUUAAAAGACUCCCAAUAGUUUCCCCUUUGCAGGAUCAGCCUCAUAAAAAAGCAGAGUACUCAGCUGUAGUGUAUAUUGAGGCACACCUUCCGAAUUUCUCUUUUCCCUAAAAUGUCUUCUGGGUUAUCAUUAGUAUUUAAAUUUUCAAAUUUAGAAAUUCAUCUCUUUGCAACUCAAAAUGUAGAUUCCAGGAUAAUGGUUGUGAUGUGGUCAGUGUCUAUAUUUUUUGGCCURACUUAUUGUUCCUUUCACUGAUAGGGCAUAGAUCCCGUCAUUCGGUUCCUGGCUGAAUGGCCAGGGGAAGGCUGGAAGGACGGUGACAUCUGAGCGAGCACAGAGUAAAAGACUCCUAGUGAUAUUUGUCAGUGGAGGACCAAGACUGUUUUCACUUGGAGUAUCCUGACUCCACAGCUGGUUUUCUUUUCUCUCCACUGUCUUGCUGUUUAUAGCAAAUCAGGCCUCAUAAUGAUACAUCUUUUCGUUUAUUUCAGUUCUUCCAAGGGAAGAGAAAAAUACAUUUUAAUCCCAGGGAAAGGAUUGCAGUCAUCACAAUAUAAGGUGUGUGUAUAUAUAUACACACACAUAUAUAUAUAGGCUUGGAAUGCAGGAUUCUAAAUGCUAUAAGGGAAUAAGUAGUUGUUGGAUCCACGGGAAGUUUAAGAAUAAAUACCGUUUCCCAUUUAACAGGGUAAUAGUUAUCUUUAACGGUCUGUAGAAAUACUAUUAUCUGAGGAUCUAAAAAUKGUCACUUCUCAGCUUUUUUCCUCCCAUCAGAUUAAAAAAAAAUAUUUAAGAUAGUUACUUUCAAAUUCCUACAGUAUUUGGGACUCUGCAGGCAGGUAGGUGGUUAGAGUCCUUUGUUUUUGGUUUUCUUAGCGGACCCCUGAACUCCAGAGGGUAUUGGCACUGGAUUCGUGGAGUAGGCCCGCGGCUGCCUUGUAUGCAACUGUAAGCCUUGCUCCUGAUGGCGGGCCAAUGAUCACCAUAGUUGUAGGGUCGGUGGCUCUAACUCCUAAUGGUAACAAAGCAUCUGAUUCUAGGACUUUUGUCUUUUAGAAAACAUCCUCUAAGUUUUAUUUGUUUUUACAUGUUUCAACAAUGUUUACCGGUAGCUCUUAUAUCAUGAAAAGUUGCCCAGUGUGAUAAACAUACAAGAUGUAUUUUUUUCUUUCUCUUUGAGGAGAGUCAUGCCUGUCACUAGUAUGACAAUUGUAAUACUUGGUAGUAUGGGGUGUAUGGCAUGGCAGUGAAAAAAAUGCGUCCUUAUGACUGCUUAUUAAUUAUUAGACCUUGGAGAAGGGACAGAGUUGGUGUCAUUAGCAGGGCAGUACCUUGCCCCUUCUCUCAACUAAUCUUAYUGGUAAUUUCUCUAGUCCUUAAAUGAACCAUGGGCCAUCCUUCCAGUGGAGAAUUUGGGGUGUGGAACAGGUCUGAGGGUUUAGCCAUGGGGGAAAGGCAUUGGUGUUAUUCAUAGAGCAAAACCUGAGGUUGGAGAGGACCACUUGGGAGCCUGUAACCAAAACCAGAAGGUCACUUUUGGGAUGGAUGGAGGUUCCCUUGAAGCAGUGCCAACCUAAAUCUACCUCAGGUAAGUAGUUAGAGUGACUUUUUCAAGAUUUCAGACCAAAUGAGAUAAAUUGUAUUCAGUCAAUGUAUUCCUAUGCUUACUGUUUUUGUUUCCCCUUAAUUCUUAAAUAAACAUUUGUUGUGAGAAACUCCAUUUUUG